GCUCCUUGACCUUCAUUCAUUCUCAGUUCUUCCUUUUUCUCGUCGAAAAAUUCCUAAAUAUGGGUGGACCUUUAAGAAAUAUCUUGGUUACUUCUGUUUUUGUUGUUAUGAUCUUCACCUUAGCUAAUGGAGAUGCUCUUGUACCUGCACUAUACAUCUUUGGAGACUCAGUAGUUGAUGUGGGCAACAACAACAACCGUACAACUCUUAUUAAAGCCAAUUUCUAUCCGUAUGGGAGAGAUUUUGUAACUCAUAAACCUACAGGAAGAUUCUGCAAUGGAAAGUUAGCUACAGACUUCACUGCUGAGAACUUGGGUUUUACUACCUACCCACCAGCUUACUUCAGUCCAGAAGCUAAAGGGAGUAACAUACUGACUGGUGUUAACUUUGCCUCUGCUGCGUCUGGUUUAUUCGAUAGAACGUCACGAUUAUAUCGUGCUAUUGCAUUGCCCGAACAACUGGAGAACUACAAGGAUUAUCAGAAGACAUUGGUAAGGAUGGUAGGGAAAGCUAACGCUACGUCCAUCAUCUCUGGUUCUAUCUACCUUCUCAGUGCUGGGAGUAGUGACUUUGUUCAAAAUUACUACAUAAAUCCUCUUCUCAAUAGACCGUACACACCGGAUCAAUACUCAGACAUGCUCAUGAACUCUUUCUCUACUUUCGUCCAGAAUCUGUACAAAUUGGGAGCAAGGAAGAUUGGGGUGACAUCCUUACCACCACUGGGAUGUUUGCCAGCAGCAAUUACGUUAUUUGGUAAUUUAGGGAGUAGCCAAUGUGUGCCAAGGCUAAACAGGGAUGCAACUGCUUUCAACAAUAAACUAAAUUCUACAGCUAUAGCAUUACAGAGCAGACUCCCCGGCCUUGUUAUGGUCGUGUUUGACAUAUACACCCCUCUCUACAGCUUCGUUACAAGGCCUACUGAUAAUGGGUUCUUCGAGGCCAGGAAAGCUUGUUGUGGGACAGGAACACUCGAGACAGCAUUCCUUUGCAAUGCUAGGUCUGUCGGAACUUGCAUGAAUGCAACAGAGUAUGUGUUUUGGGAUGGAUUCCAUCCAUCUGAAGCUGCAAACAAGAUGUUAGCUGAUGUACUCCUCCUCCAGGGAAUCCCCCUCAUCUCCGGCUAAACACUGAUAUCACAUAGAGUCAUUGUUGUUGCUAGAUGUAAACAAGUUCUUGGUAAGUACAUAGGGUUGCUGCUUGUCAGAGUUAUGUUUCCAUAAUGUAAUGAGUUGUGUAUGCUUCCAUGUAGUUGGAUAAGGUCGUCAAGAAUUACACCACUUGUUUAAUUAUGUUAAGUUCUAAUAAAACAAUACCAAGAAUGCUUGCUCAAA